AUGGCAAACAUCUUCGCAAAGUAUCCAGAAGUAGUCCUGAUAGAUAGUGCUUACAACACAAACAACCUGAACAUGCCAUUAUUCACCAUCUGCGUGAUGGAUGGAAAUGGCAUUGGUCAGCCUGUAGCCUACGUGCUGCUAAGUGAUGAAACACAGGCAUCCCUGUCUAGGGCACUGCGCAUAUUCAAGGAGAGCAAUGCCCACCACACCCACGUGAAGACAGUGGUGAUGGACAAAGAUCCAUCAGAAAUUGCAGCCGUUUCUGAGGAGCUUCCCGAAGCCAAGGUAGUAAUCUGCCUUUUCCACGCCAUCAGAGCUCUACACCAGGCUGCCAGCAAACACGUUAAGGACAGAGAUGUCUUUGAACAGGUCAUCAAGCUGAUCAACACCUUAGCCUAUUCACUUGAUGAAAAGAGCUAUGAUGACGCAUAUGCUGAGUUGCUGAUGCUGGAAGGAGCCAGUGAGUUUGCGAGAAAGAAAGCAGCCCUGGAACUGUUUGAUCUGUCCCUGGUGGCUAAACGAUGGUUAAAGGAUGCCCUGCCUCGUCCUGAAAUGGGCGUGAUCCCAAGACCACCUUCCAUCACAUGCAGGACUUUGGCACAACCUACUCGACCUGUAUCAAGGAUCUCAAAGUACAAAGCAGCAUUAGCUAUCUCCCAAGAGCUUGCCAAUGUCAUUUCCACGAGUGGCCAGGAAGAGUACCACAACCGUGUAGAGCAGCUAAAGUACAUGCUGAAUUGUUAUAAAGCCAACACAGCUGUGGCAACAGUCCCAUUGGUAGAUUCAGUAGAAGUACCUCCAGAACAUGAUGGUGUAAGGAGCAGUGCACCUGAGACAACAACAGCACGGCCAGCCUCACAUACAGGUGGAAGUCCUACAGCUGAUGGUGGAAGGAGCAGUGCACCUGAGACAACAACAGCACGGCCUGCCUCACAUACAGAAGAAACACAUGCAGAGCAUCAUCAGAGAAGGAGCAGUGCACUCCAGGCAUUGAAAACCAUGAAACUUCCUGUUGCGGUAAAGGUGAAAGGGAGGCCAAAAGGUUGUAGAAACAGCCUGAACAUAAGGUGCAAAAAGAUGAAAACAGGAGAUAAAAAGCCUACUGUUGCAAAGGCCUCACUCUUGGGAGAAAGUCCUACAGGUAAUGGUGUAAGGAGCAGUGCACCUGAGACAGCAACAGCACGGCCUGCCUCACUGACAGGUGAAAGUCCUACAAAACGUGUACUACAAAUAUCUCCAGACAACGUACAUGACGUAGUUCAGUCAGCACUGAGGCCAACUCCAGCAAAUGAGAAACUAGUGGAGGGGUUUGACAUGUGGAUUACCAGGAAGGACAUGCACACACUGGAUGGAUACAACUGGCUGACUGACAAAGUCAUAGACUUCUACUUCAAACUGAUUGAGGAAAGAGGAAAGAGACAGGGCAACCUUAAAGUCUUUGCCUUCAGCAUCCACUUCUUCAACCUGCUGACACGAGAUGGGAUCAAUGAACACACCAUGAAGUGGGCGGAGAAAGUGGACCUGUUUUCCAUGGACCUGGUUCUCAUCCCAUUGCAUCUUCCGACAAAGAUGCACUGGGUCUUGAUGAUCAUCGACAUGCGGACUAAGAGCAUGUCAUACUAUGAUUCAAUGGGAGGUGAUAACGAGCAUGCCUUCAAUGUCCUCAGGGACUACCUCGUGGCAGAAAGCAGAAAGAAGGGAAGUGAGAUGAACCUGUCAGAAUGGACAGCAUGUUAUCCUAAGGACCCUCCACGGCAGCAAAAUGGGAGUGACUGCGGAGUGUUUGUUUGCAGAUAUGCUGAAUAUGUCAGCAGAGGUGCGACAAUUGAUUUCAGCCAGGAGGACAUGAGGGUCUGGAGGAUGAGGAUGGUGCUGGAAAUCCUCAUGAAGGACUUACUUGACAAUAAGAUGGACCUAAAGACUACAAGGCGCAACCUGGAGGAGCGCAUUGUUGGAUAUAUCAAAACCAAACAGGAUGCCGAGCAACAUCUAGCUGGCAUCUACAGUGGAAGUAUCGCAUCCACAAGGCACGAGACCUUCAACCAUAGAAGGAAGGCAGUUCGGAACAAGUUAGAAUGGCAGGGCACAGGGUACAUCACCAGUGAUGAUCUGCAUGAAGAGCUGUUUCAAGUUUUAACGCAAAUGCAUCUGCGUUGGGAAACAAGGAACUUUAUUGACACAAAAUAUGUGGCACUUGUCCUGAUGCCAGAGGCAAUUGUGUAUGGCCUCCACAAGGUGGAAGCCAUCAGCCUUGAGGAAGCUGAGAAACAGAUGGACAAAGGACCAGAGCGGGCUCCGGAUGAGGUGUGGUACAAGAACUAGCUGUGCACACCGACACCUUGGUGGCAGACAAUUUAAUGGCCCCCCAAGUCAAGAGUUGCACAUAGUUGUUCUCAAACCAUAUACAUUCUUGUACAUGUUCGAAUAUAACUUCCUUCCUCUCUACCACACGUCAUGCUGCGAUGAGUUUACUUUUUAUCAUACUUUUCCAACUGGUUUGCCAGUGUCACUGACAAAAGAUGCUACCUGAUGUCUGACCGUUUCCAAAAUCGCUGUUGCUUGAGUAACUGCU